AACAACUUAAGUGCAUUGUGGCCUAAAUUUUUUAUUUUUCCGCCAAAACCAAACGCGGCAAACUCUUUUUCCCUAAAAUCCUUAGCGCUCUUUUCUAGUUUUUAUUCUACCCAGGUUUUCUUUUUCUAUUGUUGAAACUGAAUCCUAAAAUCCUUAGCCUCUUUUCCAGUUUUUAUUCUACCCAAAUUUUCUUUUUUCUAUUGUUGAAACUAAAUCUUUCUCUGUUGGGUUUUGUUGCUGCUCAAAGAAAAAAGUUUUUUCCUGGAAAAGUUGUGGGUAAUUCUUAGUUGAGGCGCUACUCCGGCUGAAGCUGCUCCAGCUAAGCCUAUCAUGAUGACAAAUGUGCUUAUUUCUGAUAGUACUGGACCUACUGAUGUAAUUUCACAUCCACAAUCAGGAAAAAAGAGAAAGGGAAGGGGGAAGACAACAGGGCUUUCAAUCCAAAAGAAACGCAAAUACAGUGACAAUGGCAAGUUGGAGGUGAUUAUCCCACCGGAUCGAACAAUAGCAGUAGGUCCUGGAGCUAAUGAUUUUGUUACCGAACUUUCGGUAAAAGUUUUUCAGCAUGCUAGGCAUGAUGUCAAGAAUUGGAAGAACGUUUCUAAUCUAGCAAAAGAUAGGAUCAUUGCGCAUAUGCUGGACACGUUUCAACUUCCAGACACACAACACAUUCGGGAUACUAUCCUUGAAAGAGCUAAUCAUUUGUAUCGAUAUCGUCGUAAAAGGCUCCAUGAUCAUUUCAAGAAAUUUGCUACAGAGGAGGAAAGAUUACAGAACAAGCCAAAAGAGGUUAAUGAAGUUGAAUGGAAAUUCUUGGUAGAAUAUUUCAACUCCGAAGAUUUUAAGAGAAUGAGUGAAAGAAAUAAAACUAAUAAGGCAAAACAAGAAUUAAAUCAUAUUUGCGGCAGAAAAUCCUUCCAGGCAAUAUCUUUUGAAAAGAGAGAUAUAAAUACUGGAAAAGAGCCAAACCUUCAGAAACUUUGGGAAUUGACUCACACGAAGAACGGGCGUUGGGUUAAUGAUGCAUCGGCUGAACUGAAUGAUAAGUUGAAAGAAAUUGUUGCUGAGCAAAUUCAAGAUGUUGAAGAGGAUACUGAUGUAGAUCCUAUUAUUAAUGCUGCAUUUGUGAGAAUUAUGGGAGAAACGUCAGGGUAUUGUCGUGGUCAAGGAUCGGGAAUUAAGCGAACAGGUAAGAGAUAUAUGAAUGGAGUUCUAGAGCAAUUACAGGCACAACGAAAAGAGGUAGAAGAAGAACGUUGUAAACGAGAGAGUGUAGAAUGCAAGCUAACUGAAGUAAAAAAUCAGCUAGAAGAGGAGCGAAAAAAUCGAGAAGUCAUGGAAGCUCGUCUGGUACGUGACCAGAAAAUGUUAAAAGGAGGAAUCAUGGCACUAGUAUCUCAUCUGCAAAGUUCCAAGAAUGGACUUCCGUCUGCAAUUCUCAACAUUAUUGCUGAUUCAAGUGAUUCAGAUGCUGCAAGUCCUACAAGUCUUAUGGAUGACAUCAGUGGUGAACGUGCUUAAACCAGCAUUGAUAGCAAUAUGAUUCAUGUCAGGCACAAGCUAUCGGAGGAAUAUUUACUUUUGAAUUAGAACUUAAUGACCUUGUUUAUAUGAUGUUUUGGUUCAUUUUGUAAUUAGUAAAACAUACUUUUUUGGAAUAUUCAGUUGUUUACUCUAGUGCACUAGUUCUAUGUAUUGACCUUGCAAAUAUUCUCUCUCUCUCUCUCUCUAUAUAUAUAUAUAUAUAUAUA